AUGAAAGUUGUGUAUGGUAAUGCCGAUGCAAAACGUUUAUUGGAUGAUUUAAUGUUGGGUUACAAUAAACUUGUAUUACCUGUUCAAAGUAUAGAUCAAACGGUCAAUGUAUCAUUAGGAUUAAAAUUAUCGCAAUUAUCCGAUAUUGAUGAGAGAAAUCAGAUAAUGACAACGAAUGUUUGGUUAGAGCAUGUAAGCUGGUAUAUAGAUAUCCUAUUUAGUGUUGUUUACAAUGGAAUUAUAUUUUUUUUCUUCCAAACGUGUUUUUGUUAAAAAAUUUAGAUGUGUUUGAGUGUACUCGCUAUAGUUUCUGAGAAAAACAGGCCUAAAAUUCUAGUUAUCAAUUAAUAACAUUUAAUUAAUAA